CAGCUGCGCUCGGAGGCGAGGAGAUGUGCAUGCAGGCAACCUAGCAACCACUUCUUCGCCUCUUGAGCACGACGUUAAUUCCCAGCUCGAAGAACCAGACCAGCGGAAAGACAGACGGGGCAUACCGAGAGCCUGUGCUGUCAAGGGGCCGCUGAAUGCGGGACGGUGGUCGUCAUGACUCGUUGGCCCGAAAAAAGGACUUGAGCCCUACGUUGUUUUUUUGUUUUUUGUUUUUUCUUGUGUGCUUAAACCGUCGGAUUGUCUUUGCUGCGACUGUAGUUAGUCUUAAGAAGCGAUUUUUUUUAUCUUUCCCGCGUCUUUCCUUACGUGACUAUCCUUUUCCCACUUUAUUUAUUAUCUAUCCUAUUCGUAGUCAUGCUGUGGAAAAUAGGACUGGUGCUCCUUUGUUGGGGCUUGGCGCACGGGAAACUCCAGGAGACAGAGCCGAUUUCAUCUCCUGCCACGGGCAACUUAGAUUUCGGCUUCGUACCUGCCGGUGUUUACGACACUGUAGCCUAUUAUGAGCCCGGCCCUAUCGGGAUUUUAUUUAACAUGAUGCACGCAUUCUUGCAGGUGGUUCAGCCUAACCAGUUCCCAAAAGAUCUUGUCGUCCGGUUGGCGAAGGAUAAAUUCAGGAGCAUCCAGUCUGAGUACCAGAAGCCAGAGAACGUUGUUCUGACCCUGCAGGUGAUCUACUACGAGAUUGGCUUUGUGGUGUGCGCUGCUCUGGGGCUGCUGUUUGCCGUACUGCUGCCGCUGGUCGGCCUGUUCUUCUGCAUGUGCCGCUGCUGCGACAACUGCGGCGGUGAGAUGCACCAGAGACAGAGGAAGAAUGCUGACUGCCAGAGAGGCCUACUUACCACACUGCUCCUCACCACCACCUUCAUCAUCACGGCUGGGGUUCUGUGUGCAUAUGCAGCCAGUCAGAACCUAAGUUCUGAGUUGAAGACCAUGAGGAGGCUGGUCAACAGUAAUCUGAGAGAUUUAUACACCUUCGUCAAUGUCACACCAGUGCAAAUCGAUUACCUGAUAGCUCAGUAUGGAACUGCCAAGAACCAAGUACUCUGGGACCUAGAUAAUGUGGGUCUAUUGUUGGGCGGAAGGAUACAUGAGGAGCUAGGGAAAGAGGUGCGACCUGCCCUGGAUGGGGUGCUACACAUGGCUGGAGUGAUGCGGGACACGAGGGAGGCUCUGGAGAAUGUGAGCGUGUCAUUGGGGGUCUUGCAGGAGGGCACAGCCCAGCUGCAGUUCAACCUAAGCGUGGUGCGAACAAGCCUCCGGAACAUGCUCGACGACCCUGCAUGUGCCAACGCGUUCUUGCCCACGCCACCCCUUUGCCACAACAUCCGUGACUCGCUCGGCCAGCUCGACAUCAGCACUAACUACUCGAGGCCACCUAAUGUGACCCGGCAGCUGGUCAAGGUGAAUGACGUUCUAAAGACGGACCUCAAUCGCUUUGUUCAGAAAGGGCUUUCUGCUUUCAAUAACACCCCUGCCAUGGUAACCGAGCAGACCACGAAGGAAGCGGCAGGUGUCCGAGGCUUGCUGGAUGGCAUCGGCAGUAACAUCACCAGCUUCUCCAGGCUGUUCCCCAUCCAGAGCUCUCUGAACAACCUCACCAUUUCCAUCAGUCAUAUGCACUCCAGCAUUGAAGACCUCUAUCCAGAGAUUGAUCUGUUGGACUUUUACAGGUGGGUCGGCUGUGUCACCCUGUGUUGCCUGGUAGUGCUCAUCUUAGCCUUCAACUUCCUGGGUCUGCUAUGUGGAAUUCUGGGAUAUGACCGACAUGCCUCUCCGACAACACGCGGCUGUGUGUCCAACACUGGAGGGAAUCUGCUCAUGGCCGGCGUGGGCUUCAGCUUCCUGUUCUCCUGGGUGCUCAUGGGAGUGGUGACAGCCACGUUUGUGUUAGGGGGGAACGUGGAGAAGCUGAUGUGUGAACCUUUCCACUCCAGACAGCUGUUCAAGGUGUUGGACACUCCAUAUCUGGUCAACCCUGAAUGGAGAAACUUCAUCCCUGGCUACCUGUACCAUGAUCCUGAUGUGGACCUCACAGCAGAAAACCUUUAUAGUAACUGUAAGAAGAACAGAGGCAUUUAUUUGACUCUUCACCUGGAUAGGAUAUUCAAUAUCUUACCCUUACUCAACACCAGUAGGUACACUAAGGAUGUGUCACACAAGUUUGAGGGCAUGAAGAUCGAUCUGAGGUCAAUCAUUCUACUAGACUCCGAGGGCAAACAGAAUCUCCUCAGCUUCACCGAGACUGGGAUUGAAGAGAUCAACUUUGCUGCAUAUCUGGAGGAGAUCAAUAAAGGAGUGACCCAUAUUGAUUUGCUGUCAUUUUCCAAUGACCUGGAUACUGAAGCCCACAAUAUGGAUGAAGGAUCUUUAAAGACUUCAGUAAUGGAUCACACCAGGACUCUUCAUCAAAUCUACACCAAGCAGGUCAUCCCCAUUCAACAGUUCAUGGACACUCUGAACCAGAGCAUCAGAUUUCUGGAAAGAACAGCAUCAGAUCUACAGAACAAAGUCUCAGAUGUACUUACAGCCAUCGACGCUGCCCAGUUCCUUGUCUCCCAGAAUGCAACAUUUGUUGUCAAUCAGGAAACAGAGAAGUACAUGCAGACCAUCAUUAGCUACUUCCAACAGUAUAUAGAUUGGGUCAAGACAUCUCUGGAAAUGGAUGUGGCCACCUGUAAACCUCUGAGUAACAUCGUGGACACUGCCGAGAUCCUGGCCUGCAGUUUCCUCAUGGACUCCAUGAACACCUUCUGGUUCGGCCUGGGCUGCUCUACACUCUUCCUUCUCCCCAGUAUUAUCCUGUCUGUUAGGCUGGCCAAGUUCUACCGCCGUAUGGAUACGGAGGAUGUCUAUGAUGAUUCCUCUGUCUCAGGGACUUGGCAUUUCACAUUAUGAUAACCAGUUUUUGCUAUUUCCAUCUUUCACCAUGUUUUCCAUUUCUCUCUGUCACGCACUUUGCACUUUAAAAAUUGUACAUAUUAAAUGUUCUCCUUUUGGUGUUUUUCGAUCAUUUGCAUACACUUACAGUAAUGACACAUUGCUAUAGAGAAGUCACUAAGUGUCUUGACUGGAGACUUUUAUUUUGACAUCUAAGCUAUGUCACUGUUCUUCUCUCUCCAGUGCAAUUUCAUCUUCAUCCCGAUAAUUAAUUUUUUUGCUUGUCUUAUAUCUUUUUAGCAUUGAGACAAUUCCCAUGAAAACGUAAGCUGUUUUUUCCCAUUCUUCUCCUAUGCUCCUUUUUGAGAAACUCAUUAAUCAGAUAUUUAUACCUGUUUUGUACAGAAAUCACUCUGCUAAUUUUGUGGUGCUGGUUUAAGCUUUUAGUCUUGGAAUGCUUCUCCGGUGAAGGGUGUUGCUUGUCUUUGUAUGUUGUCUUUAAAAAAGAAAAAAGAAAAAAUCCCUUUUGUAAAAUAAAGGGCUGCUAAAACCAUCCUAUAAAAACAUACUGAAUACAAUUUCCUCUACAUUUUACACUGUUACAUUUGUUGAGAAAGUUAUACCUAAACUAUUUUACACUCACCUGCAUAUGCCCACAUUGAUCACACUAAGCCCAGCCCAUGCUGCCCAGCUGCAUGUCAUCUGUCUCAUGCCAUAUUUUGUUUAUGAUUUGUUUGUAUUUAAUAUUUUGUUUCAGUAUGGAAAUUGGUAAUAAUGGUUAUUAUAAUGAACGUUUACAAGGUAUCCAAAACCCUGUAAUGACAAGGUAAAAACAACCAAAGCCCCCUGCACUGACUGGAUGGAACUCUAAUGACUUGCAUGCAAGACUGUGGUGUAAGAAAGACAAGGCAUGCUGGGUGCAAACCUGCUCUUUCUGUGAGCAGCCCUGCAGAAAGUCAACCAUUAAGACCUUCUUGUUUUUCUCUUCCUGCGCUGUAUUAGCGUAAGGGCUGGGGCUCACUGCUACCUCACUGGGUCAUCUGACACCUGCACGGCAACGAUGGUGCUGACAGGGGUCGUGCUGGCACACACCGCAUGCUCAAAACUGCACCAUCUCAACAUGCUGCAGUGAUAAACCUUCGCUAAUCACUUUGAUUUAAUUCUUUGUCAUUUGUGUGUGUGUGUGUAUGUGUCUUAUGCAGCAUGUUCCUUGCAUGUGUGUCCAAUGAAACUAACAUGCCCAUUUUACUUGCAGUGGGCACAUCACCUGCCCAUUCACCACCACUAACCGCAUGCUUGUCAGAAUGGUCUCUGUCCAGGACGGCCUGAGACACAGUUGUGUAAAGGGGCUCAGGAUGCACAGUCUGACAGACUCACACAGCACAAGCCCCACAGAGCUCAGUCUGAAAAAGUCCUCAGCCUAGAUCCAGCAAGCAUUCUACUACCAAAGUAGACAUUCAAACUGUUAAUCCAUUUUUAUACAUGCUUUGAUUUUUUUUAGAUGAAACAAGCUAGAGGUAAAAUCACAAUGAUUCACUGUAAUCCUCCUCAGUAAUGUGUUUUAGGUAGCUAGCUCAAACUUUAGAGUUAAAUCAUGCAUGGAAAGCGAGUCUCUGGGGAGGUGUGUGUGUGCCCAUGUUGGGCUGCUGUGUGCAGCAUGUGAAAGCUGACACCUUGCUUUCCUGGUACACUGGGCUAUGAGAGGGCUAUGAAGGGGAAGAAGGGUCUCUUAGAGGAACAGACUCUGAACAGACUCUGGCCUGAUGUUGACUGUCUCCGUUUGUGUCCCAAGCCUUCCCACCUAUGACACCACGAACCGCUUCCCACGGGCGUCAGCACCCCCCCGCCACGCCGACUGGUGACGCA